AUGUAUAUGUCCAGCCUAGUAGCGAAUUCUAAAAAAUAAGAUGAUAUAUGUAUAUGUGAUCCUCUUUAAGAUUUAAUUCCCUUAUACGUCGGAAAAACUUUAAUAAGUUGUGAUUAAUGUCCUGAUAAUCUAAUUAUAAAUCAAGAAAAAACAAAAUGCAUAUGUCCAAACAACAGUGAACUUCUCGAAGAUGGAUAAACUUGUGGUUGUACUGGCUUUAACACUAUAUAUUCACCUUAAUCAAACUCCUGUGAUUGUAAACCAGGUCAUAUAAUCUCUACCACAAUUCCAAACCUUAACUGUCUCCCUAAACCAUAAUGUCACAAUAGUUGUUUACAAUGUAAAACUGACACCGACGAAUGCAUCAAAUGUCCUUCUUAAUUUUAACUUUCAUCAGACAAAAAAUAUUGCAUUCCAUCUUAAUGUGACCCUAUUUGUCAAAAAUGCGACCCUGAAACUUUAUUAUGUAUAGAUUGCCCACCUGCUUAUUCUCUUUCAGCAGACAAAAAAUCCUGUAAACCUUCCCAUUGCCAUCCUAGUUGUCAUUGUGAAAUUUCAGACGGCGAAUGUGGUACAUGUAGUAAAUGCACUAGAUGUAGAUAAUCUGAAAUUUCUAUUAUGGUAAACUAAGAUUUCUGUAUCUGUAAAUCUCCCGAAUAUAAACGUAAAAUAGACUCCACAUGGGAAUGUGAAAAAUAAGAUGUAGUUUUUGAAGUUCCCAAAUGUGUCUGGCUCUGUGGAUAUUGA